AUGUGCUUCAGCCUCUCCGACCGCCGCACAUUCGACGUGUUGCAGCACCGCUGUUGGAAGGAGGAGGCAGUGCGUGCCUUUGCGGUCCUCGCGCAGGACGUCGCCGAGGCGCGGCGCCACGCGGUGUGGCCCGUCACGCCUGUCGUGGUGGUCGGCUUCGCAUCGCCGGGCCCCGGCGCGACGACUGCGGUGACGCACGCGGAGGCGGUGGAGCUUGCGCGACAGAUGGGGGCGAGCAAGUACGUGGAGAUCGCCCCCGGCAACACGCACCACGCCCGCUCCCUCACAACGCAGUGCCUGCAGGUGACGCACGUGCUCGACGCAUCACUAACAACGGCGGCGGCGGCCUUCCUCGCCGCGGCAAAGUGGCAGAUGCUGCAGUGCCACUUGCGCGUGCCGAAGCCGCAUGUGGAGGUGGACGUCGCGGCGAUGCGGCUGCAGCUCGACGUGACACCGGGCAUCGCGUAUGUGCUGACAGCGGACGGGAGCGACCCGCGGCGCAAUGCGAGUCGUGCUGCGCUGCAGCAGGUGCCGAGUAACGGCGUGUUUGACCUUCGGCUAUACCGCAAGCAGCCGGGUACGCUGCUGCGCAUCUGCGGUAUGGCCCGCUGCGCCUAUGCAAGCGCGCUGGCAGAGGUGGAGGUGCCAAGUGCCGUGCCGCCGCCGUGCGGUUACUUUGAUGCCGCGUUGCGGCAGUUUGUUGUGGUGUCGAACGGUAUUCCCUUCACGCUGCGCGAUGUGCGUUACACACUCAACGGCACAGCGCCCACCACAGCGUCGCCGUCGUACAUACAGCCUAUUGAGUUGGACACAGCAGCAGUACCAGAGGAGCGGCCGUGGGGCCCGUGGCGUGGCAGUGCAGCGCCGCCGCGUGUGAUUCGACUCACUGCAUUCGCUGAUGACGAGUUCGCGUCGCCCACCGUCACGUACGAUGUGCCUGCUGUUCUGGAGACGCCGAAGGUUGUGUACUCCCCGCACGACAGCACAGUCAGUCUCGAGUCAACGCACCCAAUGGUAGAAUACCGCUACACACUCGACGGGACGACGCCCACGCAAACGUCGGCGCUCUACACGGGGCCGCUGAGUCUUGCAGCGGCGACCACGCGGCAGGUGCGUUUUGUGGCAUUUCCAAAGGUCUUCUUCCCCAGUCGCGAGGCGGUUUUUUACGUCCCGAGGCUUUCAGCUGCAGCAGCAGCAGCUGCUGCACGACAUGAGGACCAGCUGGGGAGCUCCUUCCACACGACGAAAGCGGCGAUGAUGCGGGGGCAACACGCAGUACGAAAGUUGCGCACAAACAGCAACAGCAGCCGCAAUGUUGAUAAGGAGAAUGAGCAUGCGGGGGUGGCGACGAAGUCACCAGCUUCCUCCUUACAGGCGGUGAGUCCAAGGCUGCGGACGGAAGCUCGUGCGGCUCUGUGCCGUCAUCGCAGCAGAAGCAGCAAUAGUAACAAGAACAGUAGCACUGCUGCAAACCGCAGUGUGGAAGGCGCGGAGGAAACGAGGCGGCGUGCGACGCCGCAACAAACGCGGAGCUGCCGCCGCCGCCGCCACCCCAGCAGCAGCAGCAGCACCCAGUCAGCGCCGGCCUCGCUGCGUCGGGAGCGCCCAAAGACUGCUGCCGCUAAAACGGACCGUGGGGACUACGAUAAUGAUGACGACUCUUUGCUGCUCAUGAUGCCUGCAGCAGAGGAUAACGCCGACAGGGACAGUCGCAGCCGCAGCGAAAAGAGGGUAGGGGAAGGUGGGGUCAAUGGAGGCCAGCCAGCUGCCGUCGCGGGGACCGCAACUGGUGCGCCGCUCUGCACGGCGGACGGCAACACGGUGAUGUUUGACUUCCCCCAACCCAUCAGCCUCUCCUACAUCACCGUUGCAACGCCGGGGGGUGGCGCGGGCCCAACGUCGUACGAGGUGGAGGUGAAGCACGCCCACGGGAUGGACUUCCUUGCAGUCGGCAGCGGCGAGCUGCGCGACAUGCGCGGCGUGCAGACGAUGAAGGUGCUCAUCAGCGCCCGCCUAUUCCCCAUUGACCGGGUGCGGUGCGUGUUUAGCGGCGGGGCGGCGGGCUUCCGCGUGAAGGACCUGAAGGUGCACGGAAAGCCGUUUGUCUAA